UCUUUAAAAUAAGAGUUGGGUUGUAUCGCUGUUUUCUCCGGCGAUUCUAAAAUGUAAUUUUUUUUUGUCGUGCGACAGAAUUUAGAAAAGAUGAAGAAGAAAUAAAGGAGAUUUGAGAAUCAGUUCAGUUAAAUAAAAUCAGCCGCUAUGAGAAUCGCACGAUUCUGAAAAGAACAGGGCCACUAUCUGCUACGAAAAACUCUGGUGGCCUAGGAGAAUGAAACAAUUCAUAAGCGAGUGUUGAAGUCAUAUGAUUCUUUGAAUACUCCUUGAUGUUGAGAAUCCUAGCUUUCAUGAGAGCUUCUCCAAUCUUAAUGAUAAGGACUAGACAACGUUUCACCAACUGCUUCGGAUCUGACGCUCUUCGGUUUGCGCUUGUCUCUUACACUGCUCAGUGUGAUAAAAUUAACUUGGACAUCCUCCGAGUUGUUGGUUACCGUCAAUGGUGUAAUAAACUAUGGAACGCUGUCAGAUUUGCAAUAAUGAAGCUUGGUUAUAAUUAUUCCCCUCCGCAGAUUCUAAUCCUUGAAACAAUGCCGUUCAGCUGCAAAUGGAUUCUCUCUGUUUUAAAUAAGGCAAUAUCAAAGACAGUGGAGUCACUGGAGGCAUUUGAGUUCUCGGAUGCAGCCAACACAGUAUAUGCAUGGUGGCAAUACCAAUUCUGUGAUGUCUACAUUGAAGCAAUCAAGCCUUAUUUUGCUAGUGACAACCCAACGUUUGCUUCAGAGAGGGCUCAUGCACAACAUGCUCUCUGGACAAGUCUGGAGACUGGGUUGAGACUGCUUCACCCACUUAUGCCUUUUGUUACUGAAGAGCUAUGGCAACGGCUUCCCUCACCAAAAGACACUGAAAGAAAGGCGUCUAUCAUGAUGUGUGACUACCCAACCGCUAUAGAGACUUGGACAAAUGAGAAAGUGGAGAGCGAAAUGGAAACCGUUCACGCGACUGUAAAAUGCAUGAGGGCACUGAGAGCAGGAUUGCUGGAGAAACAGAAAAGUGAAAGGUUACCUGGUUUUGCUCUGUGUGAAAACAACUUAACAUCUGAAAUUGUAAAAUCUCACGAGUUUGAGAUCAGAACCCUUGCAAAUCUAUCAUCCUUAGAGGUUUUUAUUAAGGGAGAACACGCAGCCUCACCUGGAUCUUCCGUUGAGACAGUAAACGAGAACCUCAAGGUGUAUCUAAAAGUGGAAGGAGCCAUUAACACAGAAGCCGAACAAGAAAAAAUCAGAAACAAGCUUGGCGAGCUACAUAAGCAAAAGGAUAAGUUGCAGAAGAUGAUGAGGGUGUCUACCUAUGAAGAGAAGGUCCCUGCAAAUAUAAGAGAAGACAACGCGACCAAGCUUGCUAAGAUUCUACAAGAAUUUGAUUUCUUUGAGAAGGAAAGUGCCCGUCUUGCUGCAUAAACAAGCAAUCCACGAAAUCAGGAAAUGGAACAGAAAAAGUGAGAGAAAAAGUCACAGUUUCUGUCUGAGAAGGCCAAAUGAAAUAUUUCAGGUUCGAGAAACCUGGUUCCUUCCACUUUUAAAUACACCUUGAGGUUCAUUACAUCUCUAUAAACAAGCUUCAAAUAUAUAGUCAAAACUCAAAAACUAGUGGGGCUGCGUGUAUUUAAAAGUGGGAGGAACCAGUGUUAUGACUAUUUUUCAUUCCAUGUCUAUAAAUAGAAACACCUUCGAUUAGUUUUGAACAGAUCAUUUGCAAACACGAUUUGUUUUGGUCAAUGUGAACACUAAACAGCACUUGAAGUAUUCUUCUUAGUUUA